AGAGAUUGAAGUUAUCGAUGAGUCAAGCCAUCAUAGGGGCAAGGAGCUGUUCUAGAGUCUACCCAGCAAGGAUGAUAAACUCAGAAUUGAGGAUGAUCUCAGAGCCAGAAGAGACCUCUAAUUUUCCAGCCUAACCUCUGCUCCAAGAAUGAAUCUGUCCACAAGUAAUCAUGUAGUUUCUGUUUGAAGACCUCCAGUGAUGUCCAACUGACCCUUUUGGUAGGCUAUCCAUUCCACUAUGGGUCAGCCUUGAGUUCUGAAAAAUUCUUCCUUCUGUGGAGUGGAAAUUUACCUUCUGUGACUUCUCUGGCUUUUGGCUCAUUGUCUACUCUCUGGAUCCUAGCAAAAUAUGCCUAAUACUUCUGUCUCUGUGUCCCUGUUGUGCUUUUUCCUCCUAGUUACUUUACUUAAACCUCAAAAAGCUAUGAUUGCUUAUCCUCACCUGGACUCAGCCACCCUCCUUUGGACACACACCAGUUUGGCCCAAGUUAUGCCAGUCGUGCCUUUGGGCCCAGCUCCUAACACCUUUGAUGAUGCCUACUUGGACUGUGAGGAGCAGAUGGAGAAGGAGGCCACCCAUCUGCUCCAGGAGGAGAUGGCGCACCACUCCCUGCUCCGGGAAUCUUGGGGGGCUGCCACAGUUGCCUGGGAGAGUCGGAGGAGGGGGCUCUCUCUGCCCGUGGGUUUCCGAACCCAGCAUGCUGUGGCUAUCAUGGUCUACACUAAUUCAUCCAACUCCCUGUACCAGGAGCUGAACUCGGCCGUGAGGACGGCGGGCAGCUCUCGGGAGGACUACAUGAAGCACUUCCCCUUCAAGGCCCUGCAUUUCUACCUGAUGCAGGCCCUGCAGCUGCUGAGAGCUUCUAAGAGCUGUCAGGAGGGCCUUGGACAGGAAGUGUUCCGAGGCGUGAGCACCCUCCGCUUCCAGCCUCAGCAGCUGGGAGACGUCAUUCGCCUCGGCCAGUUCGCUUCCACCUCGGAGGAGAAAGGGGUGGCGCAGGGAUUUGGGAACGCGACCUUCUUCACCGUGAGCACUUGUUUUGGAGUUCCCAUACGAGCCUUUUCAGUCUUCCCAGAAGAACGAGAGGUCCUCAUCCCUCCUCAUGAGAUUUUCCUGGUGUCGGGUUUCUCUCAGGACGGGGUCCGAAACCUGGUGACCAUCAGGAGCCUUAAUCAGACCUGCAGCCACUUCAACUGCGCCUACCUUGGAAGAGAAAAGAAAGAAAGCUGUGUAUCUAACCCAGGACAAAGUUGGGAAGCUCUCUUCCCAGGAUCUUGGCCUCAGCUAAUGCCAAGGACUCUGCUCCUGCCUCAUGGGGCCUUCCAGCUCUCAGGUCCAGUUCCCUGACCAUCCAACUUCUGACCUGGGGAAUUGUAGGGACAUGUUGGUCCUCCUGCUUGUGUAGGCCUGGCCAGGCUGAGGGCAGCUUGGAGAAGAAGAGGAAAAGGAUGAAGAUAAGGGCGAGAAUGAUGAAGGUGUUUGGGAGUUGAUCUGUGAGUAGUGUCCGUCCUGGGAUCAGGGCAGGGGCCUUAUGCCCCUCAGACCAGUCCGAUGUGGAACUGCAAUAGGUGAGGCCACUCCACUCUGUGGUUGUUGCCGUGACCACCUCUCAAUAAAAGACCUUGCAAAAUGUCUGCCUUCUUCUUCCAACUACAGGGCUAUGAUAGCUCCUCUCCUUGGCGGGUAGGUCCCCUGGCCAGUCACUUGGUCACUUAUUCAGCCAAAAAUGUUUCAGAAAGGGCUUUCCAUGUGUUCUUCUCUGAUGCACUGCAGUAAAGCUGUUCAUUGUCCUCA